AGAAGAAAUUAAAAUAAUGGAGAGAAGAAGGAUUUGGAGCAACGGAGAGGAGAACGAUGAGGACGGGAUAAAGAAAGGGCCGUGGAAGGCGGAGGAAGACCAGGUUCUUCUCGACCAUGUCAGCAAGUACGGCCCCCGAGACUGGAGCUCCAUUCGAUCCAACGGCCUUCUCCGCCGCACCGGAAAGUCCUGCCGCCUCCGCUGGGUCAACAAACUCCGCCCCAACUUGAAAAACGGGGUGAAGUUCUCGGCGGAGGAGGAGAGGACGGUGAUUGAUCUCCAGGCGCAAUUUGGGAACAAAUGGGCGAAAAUUGCGACCUACUUGCCGGGGAGAACGGACAAUGACGUGAAGAACUUUUGGAGCAGCCGCCGGAAGAGAUUGGCCAGGGCGGCCGCCGCUUCCAAGCAGCCUCAGCAGCGGCGGAGAGACUGCACCGCCAGUG